UAUUUUUUUUAUAUUUAUACUACUGUUGUUUUAUUUUUAUUUUUUCGUGUCUCGUAUUUUUAAUUAUUUUUUAUACCGCGACGAAUUCAGUUCAAUUACGUUUGCAACAGAAUACAACGGAGCUACCUAUAGAAAAACCCAAAAAUCAUACAAUCAAUAUAAUAAUGGCGAAUAGAGCUGUACCACAAAGACCUAAUGGUCAAACCCCAGGAAAAAUAUGUCAGUUUAAAUUGGUUCUUUUAGGUGAAUCGUCAGUUGGAAAAUCUAGCCUUGUGCUAAGAUUUGUUAAAGGGCAGUUUCAUGAAUACCAAGAAAGUACUAUUGGUGCUGCAUUCCUUACUCAAACAAUACAUUUAAAUGAUGUAGCUGUAAAAUUUGAAAUUUGGGAUACAGCAGGUCAAGAACGUUAUCAUAGUCUAGCACCAAUGUAUUAUAGGGGUGCACAAGCAGCAAUAGUUGUUUAUGAUAUAACUAAUCAAGAUACUUUUGAAAGAGCUAAGAAUUGGGUGAAAGAACUCCAAAGACAGGCGACACCUGGUAUUGUAAUAGCUCUAGCUGGUAAUAAGCUAGAUUUAAACACCAUGAGAAGUGUUCAGACAGACGAAUCACAGACAUACGCCUAUGAAAAUGGACUUAUGUUCAUGGAAACAUCAGCAAAAACUAGUGCUAAUGUCACUGAAAUUUUUAAGGCAAUUGCUGAAAAACUCCCGAAAAAUGAAAAUACAAAUACAGCAGGGCAAGGCCGACGUCUUGUUGAUUCUGCUGAAGGAAGUAAUAAAAGCCUAAGCAGCUGUUGUAAGUGAUAUAAUUAACCAAGUCAGUUUUCGAAUAGAUUAUUGACAUUUAAUUAUCUAUUAAACCAUAUAGCUUUGUAUAAUUAUUAAGCCUCAGAAUUAUAUUUAUCAAUAAUGCAUUUAAUAUAUGUAUCAAUAUAUUAUCUAUAAUAUAUACAAAUCAUUUUAUUUAUUUUCAUUAUGCUUCUGUGUGCAUAAUGUAACUAUAUUAAGCCAUCAAAAUGAAAUUGCCAACAUAUUGGUCAAUUUUCAACAAUAAUUAUAACUUUUUUUUUCUUUAUCACAAAACCAGUUUUCCAGCAGCAAGAAAUAUUUUGUCUUUUAGGUUAAUACUCAGAACUAUUAUUUUUAUUUUUUAAUCCCUUUAAGUAUUUAUGAACAAUUGUCAUAAUAAUAUUGAAUCAAUAAAUCAUAUUUCUGUAGCUGGUAGAAUCUGGAAUUUUUUAAUCUUAAAAUGUACAUUUUAAUCACAUAUUUACCCCAUUAAU